CCGACAACCAACUUGAAAUAAAAAAUGGCUGAUAACGAAGAUCUCAUCGAUUACGAAGAAGAAGAAGUCGCACCACAACAGCAGCAGCAACAACAACCUACCGAACAAGCUGACGCGAAGGAUAAGAAGGGUUCUUACGUUGGUAUCCACUCAACUGGUUUCAGAGAUUUCUUAUUGAAGCCUGAGUUAUUACGUGCCAUUUCAGAUUUAGGUUUCGAACACCCUUCUGAAGUACAACAAGAGUGUAUUCCACAAGCUAUUUUGGGUAUGGACGUUGUCUGUCAAGCUAAGAGUGGUAUGGGUAAAACUGCAGUUUUCGUUUUAGCUUCUUUACAACAAGUUGAACCAGUAGAUGGUGAAGUUUCCGUUAUCGUUUUAUGUCACACUAGAGAAUUAGCCUACCAAAUUAAGAACGAAUACGGUAGAUUCUCAAAGUACGUACCAAACAUCAGAACCUCUGUUUUCUUCGGUGGUGUCCCAAUCACUACUGAUCAAGAAACCUUGAAGAACAAGGAGAAAUGUCCACACGUUAUCGUCGGUACUCCAGGUAGAAUAAAUGCUUUAGUUAGAGAUGGUAGUCUCAAGGGAUCUGCUAUCAAGCAUUUCGUUUUAGAUGAAUGUGACAAAAUGUUAGAACAAUUAGAUAUGAGAAGAGACGUACAAGAAAUUUUCAAGGUUACACCACACCACAAGCAAGUUAUGAUGUUUUCAGCUACUUUAUCAAAGGAAGUUAGACCAGUUUGCAAGAAAUUCAUGCAAUCACCUUUAGAAAUCUACGUUGACGAUGAAACCAAGUUAACAUUGCAUGGUUUACAACAACAUUAUGUUAAACUUUCGGAAUCAGCUAAAAACCGUAAAUUGAAUGAUCUCCUUGAUUCAUUGGAUUUCAACCAAGUUGUCAUUUUCGUAAAAUCGACACUUAGAGCUAAUGAAUUGGAUAAGCUCCUCAGAGAGUGUAAUUUCCCAUCCAUUUGUAUCCACUCCAGAAUGAGUCAAGAGGAGAGAAUAGCAAGAUACACCAAGUUCAAGCAAUUUGAGACAAGAAUCUUGGUUGCAACUGAUAUCUUUGGUAGAGGUAUUGAUGUAGAAAGAGUCAACAUUGUUAUCAACUAUGAUACGCCAACAGAUGCUGACUCAUACCUUCACAGAGUUGGUAGAGCAGGAAGAUUUGGUACGAAAGGAUUAGCGAUCACGUUCGUUUCACAAGAUGAAGAUGAUGAGGUCCUCAAGGCGAUUCAAUCUAGAUUUGAAGUUGCAAUCCCAGAGUUGCCUGAAACCUUGGAAGCAUCUACAUAUAUGACUUCAUAAGAAAGAAAAAAGAGUAAAAUGGGCUUUAACUUGUAAUAAUUUAAUGUUUUAUUGCUAAUAAGAAGAGUGUAGUG